UUCCAAACCGACCCAGAAUCUCAUCUUCUUCUUCCCCUUCCACGAUCAAUGUCACAAUCACAAAGACCAAAAAAAAAAGGUAAUCUUUUACAUUCCCGGUGAUCAUAGGGACUCCGGAUCUACUUUCUACUCGUACUAACUUUUUUCUACAGAACGGAAAUAAGAGCUCCCUGCAAAUCCUACCUGCCUUCUGAAUUUUCUCGUGAGUUCUUUCCUUCCGCGCUUUUAAAUUUCCCCUUCAUGUCUGAAAUGCAAUGAUUUAUUUGCCUUAAUUCUCAUCUGGGUAUGUUUUUUCAUUCACUUUUUGCUGUAAAGUUCGAACAUUGAUCCAACGAUAUUUUCUUAUACGAAGAUUGGUUGAAAACUGAUUCCUUCUUCUUCCCCUUCUUUUCCCAACUGGUUCAAAGCUCCAUGAUCUUGUUCCUUAGUGCCUCUAGAUCCCUCUCUGGUUUAUGUUUAAUUUGCCUACAGUCUUCAAAUCAGAAGCUGAAUUGAUGCUAUCAUGAACAAUUACCCAUAUGUGCCAAAUAGCCCCAAGUCUUUCAAUGCGUACCCAAGAGGUGAUUUCGACAUAGAAUCAGGAGUCACAAAAAAAUCCAGAAAGCCAAAGAACUCACUACACCCCAUCAGAAUGUUUAAAUCUUUCGGCAACCGACUUCGCUACUAUUACAAGUUGCACCCGGUUCUUGUUUUUAUCAUUUCAUUCUCACUUGGAGCUUCAAUUCUUAUAUUUCUGUCCGUCUACGAAAACCGUUAUCGUACAAUUAGUUAUAAUAGAAAGCUUGAUAUGUCUGUCGAUGACUACCCAUUUGCAAAUUUAAAGAACCUAGUAAUGGUGGCGGGCCAUUCCGUUUAUACUAGUAGUAAUUGUGGAAAAGCUGAUAAGGAGGAUUCUUGGUUCCUAGAAUCAUAUCAGAGGAAUCCUGGUCAAGCUUCUACUUUUGUUACUCAUAUAAAGGAAGGAGUUGAGAUUGCCGCCCAAGACGAAGAGGCUCUUCUCCUGUUUAGUGGUGGAGAGACCCGGAAAGAUGCUGGUCCUCGAAGUGAGGCACAGAGUUAUUGGGCGGUUUCUGAAUCCCAAGGAUGGUUUGGCAAGGAAAAAAGUGUAAGAGGGAGGGCAUUAACAGAAGAGCAUGCAAGAGACAGCUUUGAGAAUCUUCUUUUCAGUGUUUGCCGGUUCCGAGAACUUACGGGCAUAUAUCCUCAUAACAUAACUGUUGUAAGUUAUGACUUUAAGGAGGAGAGAUUUGCUCAUUUGCAUCGAUCUGCAAUUGGGUUUCCUGAGUCAAGGUUCUUCUACUCAGGCACACCAGCUUCAGCAACAUCUAAAGAAGCAGCUCUAAAAGGCGAAGCACUUGUGAGAGCUCAAUUUGAAGGAGAUCCAUAUGGAUGCAUGGGUUCUCUUUGGCAUAAAAAACUGAAGCGGGAUCCCUUUCAUCGGUCAAUACCUUAUCCCAAAGGGUGUCCUGAAAUUGAAGGGUUGUUUAGAUACUGUGGGUUGGCUCCUUAUCCAGGUGCCCUUCCAUGGGCUUCUUGAGAAAAGUGACUGUAGCAUUUUAGUUGAUAGUUGAUCGGAGAAAUCUCUGAGACCAUAUACAAAUUAACUGACCUAAUACAAUGGUUUUUGUUUUAAAUGUAACUAUCUUUUACUCGAGUAUACAGAAAGUUAAGAAGCUUAAAUUUUGCUUGGAGAAAAAUACAUGUAGCUCGAUAUCAGAUGUGGAGUCAUAAACAAGUAUUUUUAAUUGAAGCUGUUUUUUGCUUA